AUGUCCGCGGCGACAUACUCCAACAGUAGUGCGGCCUUCAUGAGCAACUACAGCGUGUAUUUUCUACAACAGAAUGCGCACAUGGACAUCAACUGCCUGGUGUAUUCCCUCACCUCGGGGCUGCUCAGGACCCAGGACUAUUUCUCCGGCUCCUGGCUGGACAACAUCACCAAUUUUCUCCCCGCAUACUAUGUGACCAACUGUUCGGUGCUGGAAUUCUGGGACCAGAUCGCCAGCCAGAAUGUCAGCCUGUCGGAUAUCGAGUUGUGGCUCGGCGAAUUCCGCAAAAACCCGUACAAUGAGGCGGACAACGGCGACUCGUUCGUAGCACUUUUGUUCACGCUAGUCGGCCUGUGCGUGCUGGGCUGGAUGCUCCUGCUUCUAUUCCUCUUGCUGCCAAAACACAAGCAGAAGCCCGUGCUCACCCAGCUCGCCGUGCUCUUCUAUCUGGUGUAUCUAACCGUGCUCUUCUCGCAGGUGGCACGCAUCACAGAGGCCGAGUACUACGCGGACCUGCUCGACAUGGUGAAGAUCUUGUCGACCAUCGCAGACCUGCAGUACGCCGUGCUCCUGUUGGUGCAGACGCUUCUCACGCAGUUGGCGUACCUCCAGCUCUUCCUUAAGAUGACCAAGAAUCGCUGGAAGUUGGCCAACUGUGCCUUGGUUUCCGUGCUCAUUGUGGCGUGCUUGGUCACGGGGGCGUUUUUUGUGCCGGUCACGGAAGACUCGUUCAGUUACGUCACGCUCCCUGCCACGUCUUUGGCCAUUGCGCUCCUUGCGUUGGACACCGUGUUCAUGGCAUGGUUCGCCGUGUGCUUGGGCUACUAUACUGCACGCGGCCCAGCGACGCCGCCGAAACAGGUGGCCUACUCGAAAAAACUCCUCCUGUUGGCCAUCCUCACCUGGUCCUUCGUGGUGAUCUACAUCGUGCAAACCUUGCUCUUGGCCACCUUGUGGCGCGAGGAUUGGCUCACCAACGCGUGGAUUUCUUACGUACCCGACUUGCUUGCCAUGUACAUCUUGACUGCCAGCUGGGAGUGGCUCCACUCGAUCCGCCACCUCGAGCUGCGGCUAGAACUCGUGGACAUGUUGGGCCGCAGAAUCAGUCUAGAAGACGUCAUGGAUUUUAGCAACGACGACAAGGUGCGCCGCACAGCACUUCGCGGCCGGUUCGCGUCGUUGCUCGACUUCUUCGGCCGCCGGCGUGGCGCAGCUGUGGGCGACGGCACCAGUUCCGGGUCAAUAAGCACUUCGGCUAGUCAGAAUCCGGGUGAAAGCCUCUUGGGAGAUGUGACAAGAGGUAUGGAGAUGCCAGAACACCAGCUGGCAGAUCUGGGCCCCGGAACGCCACGGCAGAUGUCUCCAUCCGAAGACAACAGCCCUGUGAUAUCUGGUGCUGCUAUGGAAAGCACCGGCUCUGGUCUUCCACCUGCCGUGUUUGCAGAGCCAACAGAAGGAUCCUCUACUGCUAUGCAAGGUGCAGCUGAUCAAUCCGCCAUUGAAAACGGGGAUGAUGAACUUCCCCCAUUCAGGCCACAUCCUGGUUUCAGCAAAGAUGACUACUGGGACGAAAAGUAG